AAUCGGGCUUUCAUAAAGGUCACACGUGCCGGUUUAACAAAACCGUUUGGUUAAGAAUCAUUUUUAUUUUAUUAUUAUUUUUUUGUUUUUUGCUAUUAUUUUUCUCUGCAUUAAUUUCUUGUUCUCAAUGUAAAUUCGAAAGGCAAAAAUAUUUAUACGCACGCGCAAAAAAAUUAUAUUAUCACCAAAGCACGUGUGCUUUCUCUCUUAGAAUAAAACAGCGUGCUCUGUGUGUAAAAUAAAAAGCCGGCUGUAUAGCCGACGAGAAUAAAAAAAAAUUUGGUCUCUGUGAUAUUUCUCCUGCUACUCAAAAUUCAUUUUCUCCUAAUUUAGCAUUACAACAAAUAUUUAAAUUAACCAACAAAAUAUUAGGAGAAAAAAAAUACUAAAACUAAAAAGAAAAUAGUGUAAAGUGUUCAGUUUAAAAAAACUUUUUUUUCGCCCCAAAAAACAGGAAGUGAUUUCUGGUUUUACAGGGUAACAGAUGCCUUAUUUAAAACUUGUUCCAAUCAAGGACUGAUUGAUAAUCACACAAUGGGUUACAAUGGAAAACUGAGAAAAUAAUCAAGUGGAAUUUAUUUUUCUUUAGAAAAAGUUGGAGAAAAAAUUCGAAAUUAUCAGUAAGAAAUAAAAAAAAGCACCAUGGCUUUCGAAAACGGAAGAUCGAGAGACAUAGACCUGGAGGACGUUGAAUUAAAUCAACUGAGAAGAACAAGAUUUCAUGUUAAUCGUGUAGACAGUAUGGAAGGACGAGCAAGUCUCCUAGCCGAACAGGAAACAAGAAAAUCCUUAAAAUAUAUGACAAGGGAAGCUUUACCAAGACUCGAUAAUUAUAGAAACAUUUUAAGUAUUCAAGUUGCCCACAGGCCAUCUCUAGACGAACUUCACAAUCCAACACUUUUAAAUAAGAGUGCAAGGAGUAACACAUUGCCAUUAGUUGAUUUAAAAAAUGCAGAAAGGGGAAUAAAAUUUGGUUGGAUUCAAGGAGUGCUUCUAAGAUGUUUACUCAAUAUUUGGGGUGUAAUGCUGUUUCUGCGACUCUCAUGGGUCGUUGCAGAAGCAGGAAUAGGACAAUCAAUUGUGUUGAUAUUGACAACAACAAUGGUAACAGUAAUUACAUCACUGUCCAUGUCAGCAAUCAGCACGAAUGGUCUCAUUAAAGGAGGAGGAACGUAUUAUAUGAUUUCUAGAUCCUUAGGACCAGAGUUUGGCGGAUCGAUAGGAAUAAUUUUUUCAAUUGCAAAUGCCGUUGCGUGUGCAAUGUACGUGGUUGGCUUUUGUGAAAGUCUGGUAGAUCUUCUAAAACGUUACAAUUCCUGCAUUAUCGACUGCAGUAAUGCAGAUAUUAGGAUAAUUGGAGUGAUAACAAUAGCGGUUCUGCUUGCAAUCGUUAUUAUCGGAAUGGAGUGGGAGGCGAAAGCACAAAUUGGCCUUCUGAUAAUUCUCCUCCUAGCAAUAGCCGAUUUUUUAAUUGGCACAUUCAUUGGACCGAAAAAUGACGAAGAAAGAGCGAAAGGAUUCAUUGGAUAUGAUCUCAAUCUCUUCAAGGAAAACUUUUUGCCCAACUAUAGGCCAAAGGAUGGACAGAGUCACGAUUUUUUUUCAGUCCUUGCCAUUUUCUUCCCCGCGGCCACAGGAAUUCUGGCAGGUGCGAAUAUAUCCGGGGACUUAAAGGAUCCACAAUCAGCGAUACCAAAAGGAACCCUAUUGGCUAUUCUUUUAACAACCUUCUCCUAUCUUCUAAUAGCAAUCAUGGUAGGUGGUUCAGUUAUGCGUGACGCUUCAGGAAAUAUUAUGGAUUUAUUUAACAUUUACAAUAGUUCCAUUCUGAGAUCAAUAGGAGGUUUAGAAAAUCAAACGAGCAUUGAAAAUGAAACCUACUUCGAAAGUAUUCCCGAGAAGAAUUGGAGUAUCUACGGUACUGCUUUCAAUUGUACUCCGCCAAAUUGUCCAUAUGGUACCCACAACAGUUUUCAAGUGAUAGAAUUAGUUUCUGCAUUUGGCCCCUUUAUUUACGCGGGUUGCUUUGCAGCAACAAUUUCAAGUGCCCUUGCUUCUCUGGUUUCUGCGCCUAAAGUAUUUCAAGCACUAUGUUUGGAUAAUUUAUAUCCAGGCAUUGCAUGGUUCAGUGGAAAGAAAGGAAAGGAACCUGUUCGAGGAUAUUGUCUCACAUUUGUCAUAGCCGUUGCUUUUAUUCUAAUCGGUCAACUGGACAUCAUUGCACCGCUAAUUUCAAAUUUCUUCCUGGCUGCCUACACUCUUGUUAAUUUUAGUACAUUUCAUGCCAGUCUUGCCAAACCGAUCGGAUGGCGUCCGACUUUCAAGUAUUACAAUAUGUGGCUGAGUCUCGCUGGAGCAAUUCUUUGUGUGAUUGUAAUGUUCCUAAUUUCUUGGUGGACGGCAUUAAUUACUCUAUUCGUGGUCAUGGCCCUGUAUCUUGUUGUGGCUUAUCGAAAACCUGAUGUCAAUUGGGGCUCGACAACACAGGCGCAAACUUACAACAAUGCCCUAACGGCAAUACAACAACUCGACAGAGUUGAAGAGCACGUGAAAAAUUACAGACCACAAAUUCUGCUUCUCAGUGGUUCGCCAAGUUCAAGAUCCUCUUUCGUCGAUUUCGCGUAUCACAUUACAAAAAACCAAAGUCUACUUAUUUGUGGAGACAUCAUACAAAGCUCUUUAUCCUACAAGACCCGAGCAACAAUGUCAAUGAUGGCCACAUCUUGGUUCAGGACAAACAAAAUAAAAGCCUUCUAUUCACUCGUGGAUGGUGCGAAUUUUCAGGACGGUGCAAUAUCAUUGUUGCAGACAUCCGGAAUCGGAAAACUCAAACCGAACAUACUACUAAUGGGUUAUAAGCAAGACUGGUCCACUUGUCCUUUGGAAAAUCUGAACAUGUACUUUAAUGUGAUGCACAAAGCACUAGACAUGCAUAUUGCAGUGGCGCUACUAAGAGUCUCCGAAGGAUUAGAUUUCAGUGCAGUUAUGGAAGAUGUCGAGGAACAUAGGCGAACGAUUCUUCCAACUAUUAGGGGAAAUCAAAGUUUCUCACAAUUGAGUCAAGCGAGCAGUGUUUCGGACAUGUCUGUCUCAGGAAGUCCAACGCCAAAUCGAGCCAAUAAAGUAAACGAAUUUCCGAAUCCAACAGUGGAAGUACGUGCAGAGAACAAGCAAAAUGCGACGAUAUCGAAAGAUAUUUUGGAUGCAGUUACACGAUUCCAGAGGAAGCAGAAAAAAGGAACAAUAGACGUUUGGUGGUUGUAUGACGACGGUGGUCUGACACUCCUACUACCCUACAUCAUAAGCACCAGAAGAAAUUGGUCAAACAGCAAAUUAAGAGUAUUUGCCUUAUCCAACAAGCACUCGGAACUUGAAUACGAGCAACGGAACAUGGCGAGUCUUCUCUCAAAGUUCAGAAUAGAUUACUCAGCUUUAAAAGUUAUUUCGGAUAUUAACAAACCAGCUCAGACUGGAACGAAAAACUUUUUCGACUCACUAAUUGUGGACUUUUGUAAUCCGGCUAAUUCACGAUUAACAGAAGCGGAUAUUAUAAAAGACUCGGAAUUGCUGGCAAUGAAGGACAAAACGAAUAGACAUCUACGUUUACGUGAAUUACUUCUUGAAAAUUCCAUGGAAUCUAAUUUAGUUGUUAUGACAUUACCAAUGCCAAGGAAGGGGGCAGUUUCAGCAGCACUCUAUAUGGCAUGGCUUGAAACAUUAACACGUGAUAUGCCACCAUUUUUACUGGUUCGCGGUAAUCAUUCAUCAGUACUGACAUUUUAUUCCUAAUUUUAUUUUACCCUCCUUCACCUUUUUUCAUUCCUUAAUCAUUGAUGUCAUGAAAAUGAGGAUUAGAAUCUAACGAGAAUUAUUUCCGUACAUGUAUUAAUAUUUUACGGUCCACAAGUUAUUAAUAUUCAAAUGAACGAAAUAUUUUUCACCGAGUUAUUAAAUUAAUUAAAUUUAUUAAAUUACUAAUUGCUAAAAAAUUAAAACAUUUAA